GAGGCAUUAGUUAGAAAAUUCAUAUUUUCCAAAGAAAACCCUUGAAUUUUCGUCUGCUAGAAGGGAGGGAGGGAGAGAGAGAGAGAGAGUUAGUCAGUCCUCUUACCAGUUUGAUACAUACUUGAGGGCCGCUUUGUCAAAUGUGAGAUUGAUUCAUGGUGAAGAUGGCCACAGCUUCCAUUUCUAAAACCCUAACAACAAGACUCCGUGGAAAUGGAAGUUUGAAGUUGAAGUUGUUCCCAUCCCCAUCGUCUUCCUUCUCCACCUCUGCCUCUCCUGCUAUCUCCUCUGCUCCACAACCUCCACCAACAUCCUCUACUCAACCUAAAGGUCAAGACACGCAUGGAGGAUCAAGAUGGUCAAAAUUGUUCCUUUUUGUUCCGGGAGCUCUCACUUUUGGGCUUGGAACCUGGCAGAUCUUCAGAAGACAAGAAAAGAUAAAAAUGCUGGAGUACAGGCAAAACAGAUUGGGAAUGGAACCAAUUAUCUACAACAACAUUGUUCAUUCGAGUGAAAAGUUGGAUUCUUUAGAAUUUAGAAGGGUAAUGUGUAAAGGAGUUUUUGACGAGAAGAAGUCAAUUUAUAUUGGCCCACGUUCAAGAAGCAUUUCAGGAGUGACUGAAAAUGGCUAUUAUGUCAUUACACCUCUUGUGCCAAUCCACAACAACCCUGAGAGUGCACAGUCGCCAAUUCUGGUAAACAGAGGAUGGGUCCCACGCAGUUGGAGGGAGAAGCUUUCAGAAGUUCCACAAGAUGAUGAACAAUCAUUAAAUACAGCAUCCACCUCAGUUCAAGACAAUGAAAGAAGCUCCUGGUGGAGGUUUUGGUCUAAGAAGCCUAAAAUUAUCGAGGUUCAAGCUCCUGCUAUUACACCUGUGGAAGUUGUUGGAGUAGUCCGUGGAAGUGAGAAGCCUAGCAUAUUUGUUCCAGCAAAUGAUCCGAGCUCCUGUCAAUGGUUCUAUGUUGAUGUUCCUGCAAUUGCUCGUACUUGUGGACUUCCUGAGAAUACUAUCUACAUCGAAGCAAUCAAUGAAAAUGUCAAUCCCAGCAAUCCAUACCCUAUUCCGAAGGAUACCAAUACCUUGAUUCGCAGUUCAGUGAUGCCACAGGACCAUCUCAAUUAUACAUUGACAUGUUCAGUGAUGCCACAGGACCAUCUCAACUAUACAUUGACAUGGUAUUCUCUAUCAGCUGCAGUAACAUUUAUGGCUUUUAAGAGACUAAGUCCAAAAAAGAAUCGGAGAUAGCAAGUUUUCAUUCUAGGAGAUUUUACUUUUGUUACCUGAAAAAAGAUUAUACUUCUGUUGAUUCAUAUUCUCGUUUCGGAUCACAUGCAAGAAUUUGAUUCUUUGGAAGAAAGAACCACUUAGUUCGCUACCUGGCUGCUUUCCUUGCCAAAGUGACGCUUUUUGUUGGCAACCAUUAUCUUUUUGCCUUGGCUGCAAUAAUCUGAUUCGGAUAAUGGUGGCUCGUACAUGUUUCAUGGAAAUAAUUUACCCUCCGAAUAUGUUACAACUUUCGCAAAUCUAUAGGAAUAUUGUACUUAAAAUUUUUGAGGAAGAUGUUCCCAGUCCCUUUUUCAUGCUUCAAAGAUAAGUUAAUCCACUGACUCGGGUGCGGCAAUUUUUGAACUAUGUUGUAUUAUGUUAUACUGUUACAGGUAUUGUUUGUUUAUGAGAGUUCAUUUUAUGUUAA